AUGCUCACACUUUUUUCAUGUUUUUCAUCUUCUUCCCCAGCUGUGGAUCCAACUCCAGAUCCACUGGAGUCCAACCACUCUUUGAUAUCUGCAGUUCUGGUGAGCAUGCUGCCCCUGCUGGUGAUGGUGAUCGCGUUUUUUGGAAUGUUCUACUGGUGCAGAAUCCAUCGGCAGAGGCGUCCCAACCGCCAAUGGGAGAGCAGCUUUAACUUUAAGCGUAAGCCAAUAGCCGGUGGGCUGGACUGCAGUGACGCCUGCGCCAUCAUGACAGAUGACGAUAAGUCCGACAGCAGCUCGACUCAUGCCAACAGUCUGAACCACAACACAGAGCCGCUGCCUAUAGAGCUGGAUCUGCUGGUGGGAAAGGGUCGCUUUGCUCAGGUAUACAAGGCUAAAUUGAAGCAGACUACGUGGAAUCAGUUUGAAACAGUAGCUGUAAAGAUCUUCCCCUACGAAGAGUACGCCUCCUGGAAGAACGAGAAGGACAUUUUCUCCAACACAGACCUCCGACAUGAGAAUAUCCUCCACUUCCUGACAGCUGAGGAGCGGAAGGUGGAGAAACAGUACUGGCUGAUCACGGCCUUCCACCCCAAAGGAAACCUACAGGAGUACCUGACACAUCACGUGAUCAGCUGGCAGGAGCUGCAGGUGUUCAGCAGCUCUCUGGCACGGGGUGUUGCCCACCUCCACAGUGAUCGCCUCCCCUGUGGAAGCCCUAAGGUGCCGAUAGUCCACCGAGACCUGAAGAGCUCCAACAUCCUGGUGAAAAACGACGGGACGUGCUGUGUUUGUGACUUUGGCCUGGGACUCUGUCUGGACAGCAGCCUGUCAGUGGAUGAACUUGCCAACAGUGGACAGGUGGGCACUGCGCGCUAUAUGGCACCAGAGGUGCUGGAGGCCCGACUAAAUCUGGAGAACAUCGAGUCUUUCAAGCAGACUGACAUUUACUCCAUGGCUCUGGUCCUGUGGGAGAUGACGUCAAGGUGUGAAGCUAUUGGAGGUCAGUGCACACAGUGCACACUGCACACACAUGUAAACACACAAACGUGUUCAGUAAUUACCAAGCUGUGGGAAGUAUGAUGUAAUGUAACACAUAAGCGCACACUCACUC